AUGUCGUCCAAAAUCGAGAAAAUCAUUGCGCGUCUGCAAAAGCGCAUCGCCGAGGGUGCCUUCGAGGAGCAGUACGAGGCGGCGCAAGAGACACGGCUGGUGGCGGCACGCUACACCAAGCAGGCCAACUGGCCGGCGGCCAUCGACAUACUCUCGAAUGUGUCACAGACUUUGCUGCGGGCGGGCCAGGGCGGCAGCGGUGGGGACCUGGCCGUGCUGCUGAUCGACGUGUACCGACAGGCGGAGCUCAAGCCCGACGGGGGGUCGCGGGGGAAGUUGUUGACUUGCUUGAGGCUGUUUGCGCCAGAGGAGCCGACGCGGAAGAAAUUCAUUAAGGAGAUGAUGGAGUGGUCCAAGAAGUUUGGUGACUACCCCGCCGGCGACCCGGAGCUUCACCACGUGGUUGGCUCGCUAUACGCCGAGGAGCAUGAGGCCGAGGAGGCGGAACGCCACCUGAUCUUGGGGACCAAGGACUCCGCCGAGGUGCUCAGUCGCAUGGAAUAUGCGUGGUACAAGGAGGACGAUGCCCACACGGCGCCGCUCUACUGCGCCCGUGCCGUCUUGCCCUAUCUUCUUGUCGCCAACGUGCGCGCCGCCAAUGCGUCAUACCGCACGUUCGUCAGCGCGCUUACCGAGGAUAAUAAGAGCCUUGCAGUGCAAGAUGUGAGUUCCCAAGGCUCCGAUAUCCGCAUCUUACCCAGCCUGCCGCUCCUGAACUUCCUCGGCUUGCUCCUCCUCGCGGUUCAGAAGGGUGCUCCGGACCUGUUCCGGCAGCUGCGGAGUAAAUACACUACCAAUAUCAAUGAGUUGGGCGGGUUGUGGGACACGGCGCUGGAGAUGAUUGCCGAGAUGUACUUUGGCAUUCAGCGGCCGAGGCAAAGCAAUCCCUUGCUAGAUAUGAUGGGCAGCUUGUUCGGAGGCGGCGCACCUGCUGGUGGGCAAGGUCGGGCGCCGGCUCGUCGGGUAGAGGCGCCUGCUGCCGAGGGCUUGGACUGA